CGUAUAGACUGCAAAAGAAUAAUAAAUGGAGAUGAGAGUUAUAUAAAACUCGAAGCAAAAUCUAGAUUAACAUAUGCAGAUCCAAGAAAUUUAUUUAUGGAUUGUAGAUCAAUUAAAGAAAGAAAUUAUUUUUUGGAAAAGCCUUUAUCUACGGAGGAAGGGAAAUAUCCAUUGGCUUAUGCUAGAAUUGUUUAUAAAGAUUACCGGAUUUUGGAAGCAGAAUUAGCUACUAAUUAUCGUCCCCAAAAUUGGUAUUGUUUUGCUAUUGAUUCGAAAGCCAGGGAACUUUUUGGUAAAAGAGUGCGCUCCUUGGCUAAGUGUUUCAAAAACAUUAUAAUUCCGAAUAUAAGGUAUCCGGUGGAUAGAGAUGGCCAUUACAUGGCUAAUGCAUUUAUGUCAUGUUUGGAGGAAUUAUCUAAAAAGCAAUAUAAAUGGGAAUAUGUUUUUACUCUUCAAAAUGAUGAUAUACAGAUAAAAACAAAUGAGGAAAUUAUCCAAAUAUUAAAAUGGUUAGGAGGGGCUAAUGAUGUUGAAUAUGAAUUUAGAAAUCAAGACAAGCAAAAUAUGAUUAAAAGUUUACAUAAUAAAUUCAACUGGACUUUUAAAGAUUUAAAUUUAUUUAGAGAUGAUAAAUUAAAUAAUCAAGUUGAUACAAAAGGAAAACCUUUAUCCCUAAAAUUAAGUAAAGGAUAUGUGCAAACUAGUUUGGCACGCCCUUUUGUUGAUUUUAUUGUACAAAAAAUUAAUUUGGACAAAAUUAUUAGACAAUUGAAUUCUUGGAAUUAUGGGGCCGAUGAAUUAUUUUUCCAAACAUUAACGGCAUCUGACGAUUUAAAGGCUCCUAAUGCUUUUACUCACAAAUGUCUUGACAAAAAAGUUGAUGUGCCUUAUAUUACAAGGUUCUAA